AUAAAAUAAAAUGUCAAGCAGUCUCAAGUGCCAGGGUAAAUUUUUGCUUAACUUUGAUUACAAAGUCAGAAAGAUAAUCCAGAAGUUGAAUAAAGAAGGGAAACCACAAACGAACUUAAGGACCUCUGACAACUUCGUACCACCAGUUAUUAAAGUAGAGCCUCACAAAAAUCCGAUUAUAAAGGAAAUGAUGAAUGAAAAUAAUACUCUACGGUCUAUUGUUGUCAAUACAAAUGGCCGUUCCAAUCCUCCUGAGUGGAAGAAGAGCCUUAGAAAAUAAUCAUAAUUUACAAGAAGGGCGGAAUAAGAAUCAUAGUUACUACUAUGAAGGUGAUCCUAAAGCCUUUACUUCUCAAGAAUCAAGUUUGAAUCUUUCAAAACUGCCUGAACUCGGUUCUAACAAGAGCACGCUUGGUAUUCCAUCAGAAAACUGUACAUUAGAAGGUACCAUAGAUUGUAUCAAAGAAAACGAUGCGUUACUAGACAGGUUAUUGCAAAGCCAGUUAAAACUUGUUGAUUCUAAAAAAAUUAUGUUCCAACCAUCAGGCAUGAGAUACGUAAAAUUUAAGAAGGACUUGUCUUGUCUUGGAGAGAGCCUUAAGACUAAUUCUUUGUGCAAGAGAAAUAAGGAUUCUCAUACUCUGGAUAGGCACCGUAAGUCCUUGCCUCAGCUAAGAAGAAACUUGAAUAAUAACGAAUUUGAAACUUCUGGUGAUUCAGCAAUAUCUCAAAUGGGACUCAAUACCAAGUUAGACCAGUUGUACGACCAUAACCCUGCAAGAUCAAUAUCGAUCCAGACUAUAUCACCUGAACUAGGACGCUUACAAAACAAGCGAUCCCUACUUCCUCAGAUAUCCUACAGCAUGAGCAAGGCUAAUAUUACACUAGAAUCAGCAAAGAAGCUGAAAACCUUGGAACCUCAAAAGAAGAACAUUAAGAAAAAGGUUCCUAAGCCUAAGAUUGAGAAUACGUCCCGGUCAAUCAUUCCUCCAAUGAAGGCAAGGCGAAGCGGAUCUCGCAGCAGGCAGGUAAUCAAGCUGGAUCGAAAGAAAUCCCCGACUGUUUUGAAAGAUACUGAUGAAGCAGCCUCCCCAGGGCAGUUGUCCACUGUGCAGAACUAUGGGAAUUUCAUAAUGAAGGGAUAA